AUGAAGAAAUCGAGAAACGGAUGCUUGCGGUGCAAACAGCUUAAGCGCAAGUGCGACGAGGAAAAACCCGCGUGUGAACGGUGUGUCAAGGCGGGAGCCGCGUGCGAGUACAAAAAAGUGCUAACCUGGGGCAAUGGAGUGGCGUCCAGGGGAAUCCACAAGGGCGCCACCUUCAUCAGCGAUGUGGGAUCCCGAGCCCACGUGGAGGCGGCGGUGCGAAACUUCAGAGUCGACAUUGAAUCAUCUCCGUCUUCCAUGAGCACCCCAAGCUCGGAUGGAGGAGCAGGAUCCGGAACCUGUAUGGCGCACGGAGGCCUGGAGCUUCUGCCCGUCUCGUCCAUCCCCGGAUUUGCUGACCAAAUCAGCUCCAUACUCACCCACAUGGAACAACCUACACACAUGCCUGUGAUAAACCCAGUGAAUGAACAGGGAGGAAGGAUACAAUCGCUGUCCGCAGACGCAUACCCACCGGGCUUUCUACUGGACCUGGAAGAUUCGCUGCCCAAAGAAGACUACAUUUUGCUGCGCAAGUUCUUCUACGAGGACCAUUGGCGCUUGGUGGCCCACAACCGCAACGACGGACCGCUGAAACGAUACAUUGUGCCUUUGGUGAGCAAAAGUCCUGCCUUGGCCGAGGUGAUUAUUGUGUUUGAGGCGCUGUGUACCGGCCAGAGCUACGAGGCGUCUCUGCGACGUUUUGGAGGAGCUAUUGAGCUGUUUUUGAAAGAGUUGAGCCCGGAAAAGCCUCCUGAGACGGCGUUUGCAGUGGGAGUGUUCAUUUGUUUAUUCUCCCUGUCGGUCGGAUAUAAAUGGACUUCGCAUAUUCAACUUUUGUACUCUCUGGUUGAAGCUAAGCCUGCCACCAUCUUCUCAGGAGACUUUCAUUCAGACAUUAUCGCCAAUCUGGGAGUUUUCGACCUCGACAACUUCAUUGCAGGCCGAACCUCGCCCAGACUCAACAUCUGGCUCAAGUAUUGCAUGGGCAGAAGUGGAUUUGACCCCAUUACUGGUUUGCCUUACUCCAUGAUUGAUAUGAUUGCAAAAGCAUCGGAUGGGCAGAACAUUAUGCAUGAGCUGCUGACCUUCCGACGUCCGCUGCAGGAGGUGCGACCGGAACCAUUGCCGACAUCGACCCCUGGACCUGCUCAUAUUGUGUCUCUUGUACAGAUGCCCUUUUGUGAGGCGUCCAUGCAUGUGUGGGAGGCCUAUCGACACGCAUUGAUGCUCUACGUGUACAUGUUCAAUGGAGGCCAUGUGGAUAACUUGGCUGCAACCUGUGAAGACGCAUAUAUGCAUUCGGAUGCUGUUUUCAACUGUUCGGGCGAACUGCCUUUGUUUCUGUGCAUUUGGCCUCUAUUCAUGGUUGGACUAAUGACGGACAGUCUCACCUUGAGACAGCGAAUUGCCAGACAGUUUGAGAGACUCAUUUCGCCUCUCAACUAUCUGCCCAUACGUAUGGCUCACAAGCUGAUGCUGGAGUUCUGGAAGCGAAAGGAGACUCAGCCCAAUGUCAGCUACCACGACAUUGCUAGAGAGUGGAAUAUGGAGGUGUGUUUGUUCUAA